AUGACGAUCAACGACCUCUUCCUCAAGGACGCCUUCGUCGUCUUCCGGUCCACGUGCAAGCUCACAAUGAAGCCCCUCAACACGGAAAGCGAGCGCGACCUCAAGUCGCACGCAAUGCGCUCCAAGCUGCUCUCCCUGUACAUGGUGCUCAUCAUCCUCAACGCGCACAUGGACGUCUUCGUC